AGCUCACCUCUCAAAUCUCAUCUGCUCGUUCUCACCGAACUUCAUCCCACAAGGAUCACAAGCUUUCCGUCUCAACCGUCACCAUGAGGGCCAAGUGGAAGAAGAAGAGAAUGAGGAGGUUGAAGAGGAAGCGCCGAAAGAUGAGGCAGAGAUCUAAGUAAUCGCCGUAGCAGCAGCAGCACCACCUGUUUCAGAUGGCGUUUCGGAAGCUAGGGUUUUAAGUUUUAAUCCAGACUUAGUUUGUUUGUUAGGGUUAAAGCGACUCUCGUCUUGGUACUCUUUUAUUUCAAGCUUUUAUGAUACAUUCUCUACAUUUUUAAUUGAAAUUCGACUUUUUAUGAG